AUGUCACCAAAGAAGAAGCGAAAGUUGGGCUCGAAGGUUUUCUGGAUUUAUGGAAACCCCGGUUCCGGAAAAACCGUGCUUGCAUCCUUCAUUGUUGAAGAACUUCAGAAUACGACCCAAGAUGAUCAAACGCAUAUGUUUUACUUCUUCUUUCGACAGACUCAUCCAACCGAAAACCAUCGAGCAGCUGCGUAUAGAUCACUUCUCUGUCAGAUUAUUGACGUAUUUCGGCAUGAUGAGAAGAUUCUCGAUAUUUUUUCAUUCGCCUAUGAGAAUUCAUCUAGCGGUCAUACUACCGCGACCACCAAUGAAAUGAUAGAGCUACUUCAGCUGUGCAUGAGCAAUCUUGAGGGCUUGAAGCUUCUGCUAGACGGAAUCGACGAGUGUUCCGAUAGCGAGUAUCUUUUGGAAGAUCUUUUGCAGCUGAAUUAUUUCUCGGACUGCAAGUUCUUGCUCCUCAGUCGCCGCAACGUUCCUCAACUGUCAAGAAUGGUUGCAGAUGAUCGGCAAAAGGAGAUGGAACGGAGUUUGGUGAGCACCGACAUUGCUCGAUAUCUGGAAUGCCAACUUGAGCGACUGGUUGAAGAUGAGAUGCUCCCGGAGAACGCAGAUGUUUCAUCUUUGAUGAAGAACCUGGUGCAUGGUGCCGACGGCAUGUUUCUCUGGGCAAAUUUGAUGAUCUCCUACUUACGGUCCCCGGUUCUCACUCCGUCGCGCAGAUGUCAAACAAUCAAGGAUAUCAUAAUGCCCGAAGGACUUGAAGCCAUGUAUGAGCGCAUCGUUGGUCUCAUCCAAAGUCAUAAAAAGGUGGAACGCGAUCUUGCAAGUCAAGUCUUCAUGUGGUUGAUAUACGCAAAGCAACGUUUGAAUGCUCGCCAGCUUCGCUCUGUCGUCAUGGAGCAUGAAGGCGACAUGAUAGUCCAAGAACGGCAGGCGUCGGAUUUUAUCCCGAUCAUCACAUACGCCUGUGGCGGUCUGGUAGAGUCUCGCAAUGCAGGUGCAGAUGAGUAUGUCGAUUUCAUCCAUCUCUCCGCUCGGGAAUACUUCCAUCAAGUAGGGGGUUAUUCUUCGAGCUCAACCCUGCUUCAUUGUUUGAUUCCGCCCAAAGAGAUUGCAAAUUUGUACCUUACAAGGAAAUGCUUUUGCGAGUUGAUGCAAAAUCCGGGGCUUGAAGUUGGGCUUUCGAGUUCAUUCACGGGCUACGCUGUCGGGUUCGCCAUGGUACAUUUGAGCGAGACAAGAGGCUACCUCUCAACACCAUUCUUUUCCACCAACCUAGAAUGGCAGAGGAAUGCCCAAGCGAUGACCCAAGCUUGCCGCGACUUUCUACAAUCUCCGGCUGCAGUUUCAACCUGGAUUGAGAGAAUCUAUCGUUAUAGCAAGUUCAUGUCGGACAACAUUCACUCCCCACUCGGAUUGGAUAGCAUCACGACUUGGAUAGAAUGGGCGGACUUGACCCUGAUUAAUUUCCCAUUUACAGAGAAGCUCAAGUCUCUGGUGAGUUGUUUGAAGGCCUUCAUUGCGGACAUGCAGAGUCUCAUUCUCCACUGGGAUACCAAAUUGAAACUUGACCCAACUCUCAUUUGGGAUGAGGUCUCUGCAUUCUUGCAGUCGCCAUUUCUCCAACCCAGUCGUGGAACGACGGUGUCUUCUCUCAACUUCAAACAGCCAGAUAAUAAUAUCCCUGCAGCCUCCCGGUCUCUUUGUACAAUCUCUUCAACCUCGUCUGAUUGCACACAGACCGGAGUCCUCGGUAUCUGGCCUUCCAUUGCAUUCGAGGAGCGUUGGGGAAAGCUAGAAUCUGGAGAUCCAUUGUCUUCAAUGCUGCACCUAUGUUCAGGCUGGACUGCGAUCUACGAGAUCUGGACCAAAAGCAAGAGGAAACACAGAAUCCAAAUAGUCUUGGAAGAAGCCGAGAUUUCUCUACUGCUGCGUCAGUCUUUCCGCGAGGAAUUUACCGAUGAAUGGAAAACGUCCUUCCCACUCGCCAUCAGCCCGUCCCUGGCCUCAUUCAUCAUUCUCCGAACAGUGUUUACCGUGGAUGCAACAUCAUGCAGAUCAACGAAGAUCGAUAUGAACGUGUUGGAAUCAGGUCGCCAGUAUUGGGAUGCGGAUCUUGAGCCGUUCAAGCCGCAGAAUGAAACCGUUCUUACUCUCCCACCAUCUUUACGGCAAUUGCAUCACGAUUGGUACUCUUACAGAUUCACUUUCAGUCCCUCUGAGGAGUACAUUCUCUUCAGCCAUUUCGUUUAUCACAGUGAGAAACAAUACCUUGUUAUUUUUCGCACUUUGGUCUCUGGCAAGAUGCAAGUUGUCUCGGCAUUGGAUAUUCGCAUGCCCUUUCGUCAUGAGCAUAUGUUUUUAUCGAUCUUUCAUCCCAUUGACGAUCUACUGAUUACCUAUGACUACGAUACACUUGGUGCUUGGGAGUUUCGCAAAGGUACGUUUCUCAACGUAUCCGAAAGACCCACAUCUUUAACCAUGUCCCCUAGCAGGGAGUUCGAGCCAUGUAACCACAAUAGCCAAAAAUGGUGGAUUUGA